GCUGGCGCUUAGCGAGCCCAACCGAAGAAAAGAGCCGCGGCGCAACUUCGCAAGACACAAAAAAACUACGAAGCAAAGAGGAAACGCAUUUCUUCGAUUCCAUUCUUACUCACUCUCAAACUCCGGCCUUCAGACAUUACACAUCACUAGGUGCGACAGUAAAUGGCGUCCGCUCCCCGUCUCCGAAUUCCGCCCAAGAAGCCAGGGGCGCGCAAAGGGCGGGGAAUGGAAGACGACGCAUCCGGGUCUGGGUCCGGUGAGGCAGGACGCCCGGCUCUUCUCUCGUUCGAUGAGAUGCCGGAAUGGUUUCGACACGACAACAACCAGUGGAUUCUUCACGGUUACCGGCCCAUAUCGGGCUCGGUUCGCGCCUCGUUCCGCAGUUGGCGGUAUCUCCACAACGAGACGGUCAACAUCUAUUCCCAUCUUAUUCCGGCCGUUGUCUUCCUCCUCGGCGAGUGGUAUAUCUUGCAGUACCUAGCUGGUAAAUAUUCCAGAGUUACUAGCACCGAUUUUGUUGCUUUCUCAUUCUUCAUGCUUACGGCGACCAUUUGCUAUGCAUUUUCGGCUCUUUAUCAUACUUUGAUGAACCACUCUUGCACCGUGGACCAUUUCUGCCACCGACUAGAUAUGCUUGGUAUAGGGAUCUUCAUAGUCGGUGACAUUGUCUUGGGAAUAUACAUAAUCUUUUGGUGUGAGACUACGCUACGCAAUAUUUAUUGGUCUAUGAUUGGGGUUUUCGGGGCAUUGACCAUCAUCACGAACAUCCAUCCCAAGCUCCAGAGCCACAAGUAUCGUUCCAUGCGAACAGUAGCGUUCGUGGCGACUGGCAUGUCCGUUGUGGCGCCCUUGAUUCAUGGGCUCGAUGUAUUCGGGCUAGACCUGAUGAACAAAAAAGCCUUCACCUAUACUAUGGUGGCAAAGAUAGGCUGCCUUCUCUCUGGAACAGCGCUUUAUGCAAUGAGGUUUCCCGAAAGUUGGUGGCCUGGAAAAUUCGACAUGUGCAGCUCCCACUCAUUCAUGCACAUUCUGGUGGUCUGCGCCGCUGUUAUCCAGAUGAUAGGGUAUCUGGAAGCCUUCGACUAUGCUCACUCAAAUAUUACCUGCUCGGCCUCUUGAGUUACUACCUUUUGUAGAGCCUCUAACCACCGGGACGAGCGGCGACCUUCCAAACUAGGUAGCGCUGUUGGAGAUUCUGGCAGAAAGGUGCUUUUGGGAGCCAGGAAUUUUGACAUUCAUAACGAAGGAGAGAAUAUUCACUCCAGGGACCAAGGUUCGUCAGCAAUGGUUAGGAACGCUUGGAAUUGAGGGCGUGGCAGUGUGUCAGAGGUCCGUUUAUUGUGGUGACUUAUGGGGUUCUUUUCCGGAAGAGAUCCAAGGGGAUCAGCAUGUGCCUUGCCGGCUGCUGGUGCCCUCCCAGCCUCCCCUCCUUUUGGCUCGAAUAUCCUGCUCUUAGUGUUCAAUUUAAUACUUCUUCCGUA